CCACCAUUCCCCACUCAUAUCCUCUUCACCCCACGUUCCACGUCAAAUAGGAUGGUGUGCCUGAAAGAUCACGAUGCUAUAAGUCCAUCACUGCGCCCACCUCACACAAGAACAACCACAGAGAUUUGUGCCCCGUUUCGCGCAUUCGGAUCGUCCCGCUUGUGCUACUUUUUGAAUCCAUUGAACAAGGAUGGCGUCAAACUCCCAAGACAACACCCCGCCAGCUCCCGCCUACUUCCCCACCUCGGCGGAGUCACCGCUGCAUCCCCCGAAAGAGCUGUAUGCCAAAUUGAAAGGGCUGAGUGAAGAGGAGGGAGAAUUGGUUAAAAAACAAGAUUUCGUUAUCCCGCCCAGGAGUGGCAAGGCGUGGAAAGUGGGCAAAGGAUGCUUGUUCAGAUUGAGUACGCCCGAAGGACCGCAGGUCGGUGAUCUAAAUAUAUGGAACCAAAACAAUCCGCGUGAACGAUUCUGGGCCGCCCGAACGCGCCAACUGCAGAGCAGCCAUAUGCAGGAAGGCGACAGACUCUGGUCCAACCUCCCGUUCAUGCGACCACUCUGCGGCAUCGUGGACGACAAUUGCGAGAUCCGGGAUGCGGGGCGUCAAGAAACCCGCGACGAAAGGGGCGGAAUCACCAAAUGGGGAGGAAGAUGCCAUGAUCUACUAGGCACGCGAUGUGAUCCAUAUGUAUCGCACAUGCUCUCCGGCGCAUCCUACGACUACCACUGCCACUCAAACCUCGUCCGCGCCAUCCUCCCACACUCAUUAACCGAAUACGACGUCCACGACGUCCUCAACGUAUUCCAAGUCACCGGCCACGACAGCCAAGGCCGCUACUUCAUGGAAGCCUCGCCCGCGACCCGCUCCUCGCACCUCACCUUCUUCGCCGAGCAGGAUCUGCUCUGUGCGCUGAGUACGUGCCCUGGCGGCGAUUUGAGCGCAUGGGGGUGGCACCAGGCUGAUGAAAGUGGCGAGAAGCCGGACAUGAAGGCUACGUGUCGGCCGAUCCGGGUCGAGGUUUUUGAGGUCGUGAGGGAUGAUGUGCUUGAGGGGUGGGAAGGGCCCGAGGUCAGUGGGUAUCGUGGGAUGCAUGGGAUGGGGGUGCCGGUUGGUGAGGCUUAGAGUGGUUAGGAGGUAGAAUAGACGUUUUUUUUUUCUUUUUUGAAGGGAGAACGCUUUGGAUAAUAGUGGUAGGGAUUGAGAAGGUGCUCGCUACACAUGAAUUUUGGUUGACUGUUUGCAUAGCUCCCAGCAUGCUGUAUUGUCUUUUGGGCGAAGGUCCUAACUUUCUUAGAUCAAGAUCACAGAAUUCGACAUGCUCAAGUCCACACACCAAUGAAAUCGUCUAGAAUCUCACUUCCACCCUUUAUCAAUAGUCACAAGUACCGUUUAGCCACCGUGAUAAUGAAGUUGAUCGAUGGCGGGCGCGUCCGCUUACUAUCCAAUAUAUACCACCGGGUUCAAAAGGAAAACAGUCAGAUGUAGAUAGCUAUGGCACAACAAGAUCCGCUGCACAACUGCUAUCCAUGUCAGCGGGCCCAGGACAUCAAUCAUGUUGCACGGUGUGACCCGUCUUGUUCCUUAUAUAGAUGUGAAUCGGCAGAGUAUCUUGUGUAGGACGGCAAGACGCUCUUUCCGGUGACCAGGCGGGAUCCAAUCACGAUAUAACGUUGCAAGACUAGGCGUGGGGAGAUUUCAUUGUUCGGACGCGAUCAAGUAGAUGGAUGGGACGGGAGUGAUUGCUACAUGAACGAGUUGUGCUACUACAUACCGCUUAAUAAAUUAUCUCUAGUCAACUAUCAUCACAAUGAAGAUAAUAACAACUGUUCAAGUCCCCCCAUGAAUCCUCAUAUAUAAAAUACUAACCGCCCUACCCACCAUAUCCACGCAUCCUCCUCUCCCACCCUCACAUCUUCACCCCCUCUCCAAAUAAAUAAAAAAAAAAUUUACAACUUGCUUUCAAAAAGCUGAUUAUCUUCCUCCCCUCCAACCAACAAAAAAAAACCCCACCAAAAUGAAACCCACCCCCCUCCUCCCCCUCAUCAUCCUCUCCUCCCCCAUCAUAACCGCCCUCCCAACCCUCGCUCCUACUACCCUCAAAGACCCACCCCCAUCAAACGAACUCUGCACGCCAGAAUGCUGCGACAGACGAGCAAAGGACUGCAUCGAAAUGUGCGUUCCAGCGCCUCUAGGCGUUAAUUGCAACAAAUUGUGUUAUAUGGCUAGUCCCGGGUUUUGUAAUUGUCCUGAGAUGGGGGGUUGU